AUGAAGUUGUCGCCGCUCUGCGUCACACUUGUUAUGAGUGUCGCGCUCUCGGCACCUGUGCCAUCAUUCCCAUCGCAGCCAGCCCAUGGCUCCGAGGCACUCACAAAGUUGGAGGAUCCCACUCAGUGGAUUGGUUGGGAUGACCCCAACGACAGUCGUUUUGUUCGUUACUGGAACGACAAAGUUGACACUGCCAUCAUCCACUGGGACAACAACUAUCGUAAACGCUCGGUGCCUGUAGUAGACCCAUCCAUAGAUAUGAAGCGUUUCGUGCCUGUAACGCCAUCCAAUGCGGAGGUCUCAAGCAAUGCCACGACCGGCGCCAACGCCUACCUUCCAAAGUACAAUUCCCACAUCACGAAUGCCGACGAGAGGAAGAUCGCUCUCAAGAAUCAUUCUGCAAUCAUCCGGCUCCCCUGCCCGGCCAUCUGCGACAAGCUCGCAGAGCGGUCACGAACCUUCAAUCCCAAGAAGUGCCGCACCCUAUGCUACAGGAGCGAGAGCGACCGACAGCAGCCGCAGAAGAAGAAGAUGACCAAGCGCCUCUACAACAAUUGGUUUUGGGAUGCGUUGGGAGCAUGGUUUGGUUAUGAUUUUGACCAGACUAUGCCCAUGCUUGACGGUCAACCGGAAUGGGUCGACCGUGAUCCCAUUCAUUGGGGCUUCCAAUAG